ACAAGGGCCUUGCCUAACCCGACCACGCAACCAGGAAGUAACGACAAGGGAAUGGAUUGCCUCUGGCACGCUUUGGUGAAAUGCCUUGGUGGAUGCGGGAGGCUUUUCUCACCUUCAUCACCCCGUCAAGUCAAGCAAGCCAAGGUCCAGCCAUAUUACCUCUUAAUUGGCCAGUCCAUGACCUGCUGUCGUCCCUAAGCCUCCAUCCAGAGCUUUUGUCUUGCACGACCGACCGCUCGCCGAACCCGCCUGCCUGCCUCGGCCCUCGCAGCUCACGCCCACCAAGUGAUCAAACCAAGCACGAGCUGCCGUCACCAGAGAGCCCGUCACGGACCGAGACUGACGAUCCUGGAAGCCGCAAAGCAAAAAAAAAAAGAAGAAAAAAAGCACUAAAGCAAAAAAGCAGCAGCUCCUGCCUGUCUGUCUGUUCGACCGGCUCGACCCAUUCUUUGACCUGCUGCAUAGGCGGACAAAAGCUUCAGGCCCACGCUCGUUGUCUUUGUUGUGCCACCCAGCUCCGCAGCAGGAGAGUUUCUGCCGCCAAAGUUGCUUCUCCCCCGUCGGGCUGGCUCCGCUAUCCCGGGCAACUAACUCCUCGCCUGGCUGUCGGAACAUGCCUCGCUGCUUCUGAGAGCUUGGGAUGCACUGGGCCUGCUGCCCGCCUGUGACAUAUCUAGGCGGCCGUGGUAGACUCCCGAGCCAAACGACGACUCUCCUCAAGCCUGCACGACGUCGAGUUACCGAACGCCACCUCAACAACCGUCGGCUCAUCCCCUCAGGCCACCCCUCCCCAUUCUUGACGCCUGCACACGAUCAGGCCCGACAGAUUCGAGCUACGAGCCACCCGCAGCAUUGCAUGCCCGCACCACGGCGGCCCUCAUGUAUCCUGUCGCCGGCUCGCGCUCGUCCGCCUCUCAACCAUUUCCUCCUCCCACAAACCUCUGCCUCGCUCAACCGUGGCCACCCGUUCGUCUGCCCUCGAUCCCGUUCCCGAAGCUCGACCGCCCGGAAGCCACCGCUCACGCAUUGAGCGGCCUUCGGACACCUCCGCUCGAAGAAAUGGGAACCACUUACCACGCCCCGAACCUGGCGCCAUACGAGGCCCACCCCCAUGCCUCGCUGCCGGGGUACUCGGCCUCGUUGGCCCAAACCGACAGGACUCGCUCUACGCUGCGCGAUGCUCACGCCGUGCUGGAUGGGUAUUCUCGCUAUCCUCCCCAGCCCCAGCAUGCGUCCGGACGGCCCAUGCUGCAGAUCCCCCAGAUCCAGCCUCAAGCACCAUCGCAACCACAUACUCAUGCCAAUCAGUAUCGCCCGCCACAAUCGGCCUCGGCUGUCUCACGGUCUACGAUGUCUUCGGGUUCACAUCCGCCAUCACAGUCCGGUUCCUUCUCGAGCUCACAUCCCGGCACCCCAAAAUCGACACGCUCGGCUGCUUCCCAGGGCACAAUGUCACGGAAGGAUGUCGCCAGCCUGGCCGGCCAAAGCUUGGACAUACCAAAAUGCAUUAGCACCAAGGGUGGGAGGCUGGCGGACCUGGCAGCGCAGUUGACAUGCUUCUUCUGGUUCGAGGCGCGCGCUAUCCACCAGCUCGCUGAGAAGUUCGAGACUCUGCAAGGCACCGAGCCGGUUCGCAGACUCACACAGCAUGCCCUGCCGUCACAAAACUUCAAGGCAUGGGUCCAUGGGAUUCUCUCGACGACCCAGGUUACUCAAAAUGUUGUCAUUCUUGCCCUGCUGUUCAUCCACAGGCUCAAGGUGGGAAACCCGAAUGUCAAGGGCAGACCGGGCAGCGAGUAUCGCCUUCUGACUGUGGCUUUGAUGCUUGGCAACAAAUUCCUUGACGACAACACAUAUACCAACAAGACCUGGGCAGAGGUGUCGGGCAUCUCGGUCCAAGAGAUUCACGUUAUGGAGGUGGAGUUUCUGAGUAACAUGCGGUACAGCCUCUUGGUAUCAAAGGAGAGAUGGGAGGAGUGGCUCGUUAAGAUGGCCAGGUUCUGGGAGUACUGUGAGGCGGCCACAAAGCCCAUCUCACCCAUCGCAAUCCCGUCACCCACCCAUUUUCCGACCGCUACCUCGCCCAUUGCAUCACCAACAAGCCAUCUGCUGCUUACCCCUAGCAUCCACUCGAAUCCGCCGACCACGACGAGCUACUCCCCCAGCUACGCGGCCCCCAGCCAGCCGGCUUACGCAGCGGCCUCCCAGUGGCAUGCACCUCCGAAUCGCCCGUCGCUGUCUCCCUUGGCAGGGAAGCCUGAUGUGAGGAAUGGGUAUUCUAAGCGGCCACUCAACGACGAGGACCCGACCGAACCUCCUGCAAAGCGCGUGUCUAGACAGCCACAGCCUCUGCCCCACCAGGGUCUCGCUCUUCACGGCCAGCAGCGGCCAAUAUCUUCCGUUGUGCCGCCCGAAUCUCUCAGGCUACCCACUCCCAACCUCACCCUCAACACAACUCAGCAGGUACCAUCGGCUGCCUACAACUCGGGGACAAGCCACGCCCCUGCACAGCAGUCUGCCCUCUCGCUGCCACCCUUGGUUCCGGGGGUCAGGGCUAUGUCGACUGUGUAUCCGCCCACGUCGACGGGCUAUUCGCCAAAUGUCAUGGGCACCUCUGGGUCCAUGUCCCAGUCCGUGGCCCCACCGGUUACGACUCCAGUCGCCACUUCAGCUCCGUCUGCCUUCCCACCCUCGACCAACUACGGGACACCGACUAAGCGCCACAGCCCGGGCUCGUUGACUCCUGCUGCUGCUGCCGCAUUGGGCAACUCGUCUCCCCUCGCUGAUUCGUUUGCCCAUGGUCAUGCGGGAGUACACGCGCCCAUCUCGCACUCGCCGUCGGUUUACUUGCAACACCGUGCAAGCCCGUACCGGCCUGUUCGUCACGUCAACACCCUACUCUACCCGCCGCCUUCUGCCAGCCUUCACGAGUACCAUCUCUCCGGCUCAGGAAUGAUCCCGCCCACGCAGAUGCACUACCAGCCUCUUGGUCGCAGGAAUGAGUACCGCACAGGUAUCGUGCCUGAGUUCACCUUGACGGCCCAGCAACAACAGCAGCAGCAGUAUGCUCGGCAAGGCGGGUCUGUGACGCCACUUUUCCCUCCCACCACGCCCUCCCACCAGCAGCCGCAGCCACAGAUGCGCACUGUGCUGGGCCCAGGCCAGACCCACGACCACGCCCAGCAUCACAUGCAGUAUCCGAACUAGGAGAAGCGAAUUCUGCUUGCGAAGCUGGGGCAUAUGGCCACCCAGGAUCUGUUCCAUGGGCUUGAUCGCUAUUCGAAUGCGCCGCCACUCGGAUAGACGUGGGGCCCUCUGCGGCUUCUCUCUUGUCGGCCAAUUCAUGAUUUGACUGGCCCGACGACACCAUCACUUUGGGGAACCCCCAUGAUUGUUACUUUACAUUCUCAUGUAUUAUUUUUACGAGACAAUUUCGGCGUUUGGUUCAUUUUACGGCCUCUAGAGACCUACAUCCCUCGUGAGUACAGGGACUGGGUUGACGCAUAGCAUUGCAUUGUCGCGGAGUUUUGGUCCUGGCUUUGGUUUUCUCUACAUAUAUCGCCCUGCCCGUGGUGUAGCGCGGCCUUUUGCUUUCUUUUCAUUCUUAUUUUAUGCUCGGUCACGCUCCGUGACCUGACGAGGAAGCGGUUCCAGCUUUGGACACCCACCCUUGGUGGUAACACGGGUUUGAUGACCUAGCGGCGUAGGCGGUCUGGCUUUGCCCAGAAGAGCUCCUCUCAUGAGGAGGGAACUCGUCCGGGCCCUUCUGGACGGCUCAUUUCAAUCGAUUACUCGAACAAUCUACGAGAUCCCCUCCAUCUUAUGCGCUCGCUAUUUUUGAUCCGCCUGCUUUGGAACUGUUCUCCCC